GUAUUCGCACUUGUUGAUCUUAUAGUAUAUAGCUUCUGUUUUUGAUAUUAUUUAUUUCGUAAUUGUCGUUGCUUAUCCGUAAUAGGUUUGUAAUAAUUAAAAAUGGUACGGGCCUGGUACAUGGACGACGAUCCAAGCGAUCAAAGGAACGAACAUCAUAGAAAUCCGCCGGCGUUCAUCGACAUUGAUGAUUUAAAAAAAGUCUCCGGUGUCGAAUAUUUUAAGUUGAAUCCGGCCACGUUUUCAACUGAUGGUGUGUUAGAUAAAAUCAAAAAAGAAAGAGGUUAUACUUACGAGGACGAAUUAGUUUGUUCUAAAGAAUGCCUUCCUAAUUACGAGGAGAAGCUCAAGAUAUUUUAUACGGAGCAUUUACACACUGAUGAGGAGAUCAGGUUGGUUAUUGAGGGCUCAGGAUACUUUGAUGUAAGGGACAAAAAUGAUGAAUGGAUUAGGAUUGAAGUAGUGCCAGGGGAUUUGUUAAUUUUACCUAGUGGCAUUUAUCACAGAUUCACGUUGGAUAAUAAGAAUUUUAUCAAAGCUAAACGGUUGUUUAUUGGUGAACCAGUCUGGACAGCUCACAAUAGGCCAUCAGAUAAUAUGGAGUGCAGAUUGAAAUAUGUGGAAACUUUGAACAGUGGCAAGUUUGUUGCCACAUAAAUUGUUUUUUGUAGAAUGUUAUUAAUGUUUGUAUAUUUUAUCAAUAAAUACUCUAUUUACAGUUGUUUUAAUUAGA